CCCAAAAUGGCGCUCUUCAUGAGCCGCAAUAAACUUCCUUUUGCACACUGAUAGUGAAACAAAACCUAUAAAUUUUAUGAGUGAAUUUGCCCAAAUUUUCAUACCAACCAAAUGUCUAAACUGUAAGACAGCGGAGAAUUAAAGCACUUUAAUUCUUUCAGAAAAACGUUUGGAAAUGGCCUUCUUUUCAAGCGUUCCUGUCGUGGAUGUGCAUCGGGAAAACUUCAAAUCUCUUUGGCCUGGUCUUAUGUUAGCAAUUAGGUCAUGCAGUUACAUUGCAUUAGAUGCCGAACUGAGUGGCUUGGGGAACAGGAAAAAUCUGUUGACCAGAUCCAUGGAGGAACGUUACCACUCAUUGGCAGAAGUAGCAAAGACGAGAUCUAUCCUGUCUCUGGGCAUCUCCUGCUUCAAAGUGAGGCCACAGCCAAUGGAGAGCAAGGACCUUGGGUUGCGUUUCCUCGCACAGACCUUCAACAUCACAACGCUGUGCUCGGAGGAUUACGUCGUUGAGCCAGGAUCCCUUAAGUUCCUGGUUGAUCAUGGGUUCGAUUUCAACAAGCAGUAUGCCUCUGGAGUGCCUUACUGUAGAGGUGUGGAUAAGGAAGGGGAGACAGAAGCUGAGGACAGCCAAACCUUGAGGGCGCUCUUCAGUGAGCUGGUAAAGAGUUCCAAGCCUGUGGUCUUCCACAAUGGCCUGGUGGACCUGGUGUUCCUCUACCAGAAUCUCUACAGCCAGCUGCCGACCGCUUUGCCCCAGUUCAUCUCAGACCUCUGCGAGAUCUUCCCGGCGGGGAUCUUCGACACCAAGUUCCUGGCUGAGUUUGAGGCCCGCAUGCCGGCGUCAUACUUGGAGUACGCCUUCAGGAAGAGUCAAAGGGCUAAUGCCCACCUGGCCACCAGAGGGCAGCAGCACGUCGCCAUGGAGUUCUGCCAGUUUGAGAAUUCGUCCUCAGUGGGAUUCCACCGGUGUGGGUUGCCGCCGUCCUUCACCAUCAGGGGCGGGGCAAGGGGGGAAGAAAGGAAGACAGUUGAGCUGUGUGAAACCUAUGCUGCACAUGGACACUGCAAGAACGGUAUCAGGUGCCCCAAGUCACAUGACCCGGAUGCCAUCCAAGACGCUGAUGACCAGCGAGAGGAGAGGCAGAAGAGGAAACGCAAGCGCAAGCGACAAAAGCGACAAUAUGACUUGAAGGAUGGGUCCCCAAAUGCAAAAAAGGACAAGGAUGAGGAUGACAGUUGCCAUGGUGACAGAGAGAUGGACGAUGAUGAUGAGGCAGAUACUGGAAAGGAUCAAGACGAGGCAGAUACUGGAAAGGAUCAAGACGAGAUAGAUGAGAAGAAAGAAUCAAACAGUCAUGGAGAAGACAGUGAACCCAAAUCAGCAUAUGGAAGAGGCCAGGGUGCAGACAUACUCAAAAUUGACCAGGGAGGAAAUGAGGACAGCAGUACCUCCUUGGGACAGAGGGAUGCCGCAAGUCCUCAGAAGCUUCCCAAGCAGACAGGAGGCCACAGGGCAGGGUACGAUGCCUUCAUGACGGGAUUCGUCCUGGCCACUGUCGCCUCAAAUGUCGCCGGCCGAUCCGGGCCAUCUCAGCCAACCGACCGCGAGACUGGCCAGGAGUUUGUGCAAGCGUUCGGCCUAACCGAGUUCAGGAAUAGACUGUUCUUAAGUGCCAAAACGGUGCCACUGAUAAUUGCAAAGUCCAAGUACGCCAAGACCUCGCAGCACCACAGGCAGAAAAUGAAACAACUAGGCAUCAACCCGACUUAGUUCCUCUGUGUGGAACAGGAACUUCCAUGCUGGACUUGCCUCAGCGUAGAGCAGCCUUUAACCACAUGCUGCCGGGUGCUUUUAAUAAGCGCAGUGCACACAUACGAUUUUCAAGAUUUUCAGUUUUCAAAAUUCAAAAAUUUACCAUUUCAUUUAAUGGAUGCUUACACCCACACGAAUGACUGUUUGGUGGCUACGCUAUGCUGACAGAAUUGUGAGGUGCUGUGCAAUUUCCUUUGUCCCCAGUGACUGCGAGUGACAUCUUUUCAAGCGUGGCAGGAUUAGCAUGCAGCGGUGCUGUGUCGCUCAUCAAUGGGGCCCUGGAGCACUUUUGUCUGCGGUGCUAAUCCGUGGG